GUGUUGGCUGCUCAUACCAACCAGGUCAUGGUAGUCACCAAGAUCUUUCCUUCUUCUUGCAGUGGCUCAGCAAAUAUAAAUAACCCUAAAACAUAGCCGACUCUAAUGGCAUCUUUCCCGAUUCUUUUUCUCUCUUCUUCUGACUCUCUCUCCUCCACUUGCUUUUCUCAUCCCAGUCUUGAUUCCAGGAUUUUCCUUCUAUUCUAUUGAAGACAUUAGGACAUAUUGCAAAGACUCCCAAGUAACAAAUUAGGCACAGAAAUUUACAGAAGAUAGCAACAAGCAAAAGGAAAUCAGAGCAGGAAUUACUUUAUUUUUUGCAAAGUUUUGAAACAGAGAAAGAAAAAAAGACAACAUGGGUUUCUGGACACUCUUUGAAGUGGCUUCAAUGCCAAUUAUUCAGGUUCUACUAAUUAGUGGAUUAGGAGCUUUCAUGGCUACUAAUUACUGCAAUCUUCUUACUUCUGAUGCAAGAAAAUCCUUGAACAAGAUUGUGUUCGUGGUGUUUACACCUUCCCUCAUGUUUGCUAGUCUGGCCCAAACUGUGACACUCCAAGACAUUAUCUCAUGGUGGUUUAUGCCUGUGAACGUUGGCUUAACCUUCUUGAUUGGAGGGAUUCUUGGAUGGGUUCUUGUUAAAGUAUUGAAGCCUAAGCCUUACCUAGAAGGGCUUGUCAUCGCUACAUGUUCAUCAGGAAACUUGGGAAAUCUUCUUCUGAUAGUUGUCCCUGCAAUCUGUAAUGAGAAUGGGAGCCCAUUUGGUGAUCGUGAAACUUGCAAAUCCAUUGGUCUCUCGUAUGCAUCUUUCUCUAUGGCGAUUGGUGGGUUCUACAUCUGGACUUACACUUAUCAUUUGAUACGAACUUCAGCUACGAAACUCAGAGCAAUUCAAGCAGAAGAAGAGGCUUCGAAAGCACCUAACAAGGAUUUAGAAGCUACUCCGGAAACUCACCUCCUCAAGGGAGAAGAUCAAGAACAUGUUGUCAUAUCUGUGCCAUCAAUUAAAUCUGUUGAUGAUCAAGAAAGCCAACCUACUGUUUCUCAGGAAUCACCCCAUGGACAUGGAAAAGAGGCGUCAUCCUGGAGUAAAUGGAUAGGAAUUCUUCGUCAGAUUAUGGAGGAGCUCUUGGCACCUCCAACAAUAGCUGCCAUUUUUGGAUUCCUCUUCGGAGCAACUACAUUCCUGAGAAACCUAAUAAUUGGGAGCAGUGCUCCCUUGCGAGUGAUCCAAGACUCCAUCAAAUUACUCGGGGAUGGAACAAUUCCUUGUAUCACCCUUAUACUUGGAGGUAACCUCAUUCAAGGCUUACGCUCGUCAAGAAUCAAGCCAUGGAUCAUUGUCGGGGUGCUUUUUGUUCGAUUCAUGAUGCUUCCUGCCAUUGGUAUUUGGCUUGUUAAAGCAGCUGGAAGUCUUGGGUUCCUUCCAUCAGAUCCUCUCUACCACUUUGUGCUGAUGGUUCAAUAUACCCUGCCACCUGCCAUGAAUAUUGGUACCAUGACCCAGCUGUUUGAUGUUGGUCAAGAAGAGUGUUCAGUCCUCUUCCUAUGGACAUAUUUGGUUGCAGCCCUAGCACUGACUUUCUGGUCAACAAUCUACAUGUGGAUUUUGUCCUGAACAUCCAUUGAGCCCAUUGGAGCCGUUGCCAUUUUGUCCCACAAGUUAGGGUGAGGUCCUAUCAAAUUAGGAGAAUCAAUUUAUGGAAGAAUUGGGAAUUUACAGUUCUUUUUUAUUAUCUUUUGGUUUUUUUUUUUUUUUUCUAAAAUCAAAGAAAUUUCAGUGAUUGUGUGAAGAAUAUAGCUUAGGUACGCGACAGGAUUGCUUGCUCUCAGAUUAUGUAUGCCCUGUUACUGUUAUAGUAGUCUUCUUCAAUCUCUUAUUCUUAUUGUUUGCGGGAAAAUUUGAAUUCAGAAUCCUGUACAUUGUUCGCAAGUACAUAAAUCAAGCCAUACUUAUACUGUUUGUUGUUAA